AUGCCACUUCCUCUUCUUCUCUCUUCCUCCCCUUCCUCUUCUCUCUCUAUCCUCAAUUAUUCUUAUCACUUCUCGUCGAGACAGUGGUCACAUACAACCGCCACAAUUUUCGCGACAAGUCUUAACUCGCGGCACCACCCGUUCAACGGCCGACGCUCAUCCAACCGUGGAGGAGCAUCGGACUGCGCACCCUAUAUCCGUUAA